AUGAGUUCUUCCAAACCCACAACCUCGAUGAACCCCAACUUGGUGGCCAGCAAGGAUUCCAAUGACAAAGACGACUCAAAGUCGAGAAGGCAUGCUGAUUCGUCAUCGAAUGAAUUGUACACCAAAUCUUCCACUGGAGAAUCGUCUGCGGCUAGCAGCAGCAACAAGAGCAAAUCCACAAGUUUGAGACAGAAUGCGUCCUCCAAUAGCAGUACUAGUCGACGACUACAAGAUCAGGCUGGAAAAAAAGCAAAUCGAGGAAAUUAUCCACGCAGGAAUGAACAAGCCUUUUCAUCUUCCUCUUCUUCGGGGUCAUCCACUCAUUCGUCUUUAUUAGACGACGAUAGUGAACUAGAAGAAAAUCUUGAUCUUGAUGAUGAAGAUGGUCUCAGCAGUCGUAGUGAUUCGGACAGUCAAGCUUCUUCUUCUUCUUCUUCCGACAGUGAUGCUCGCCAACUGGCCUCUAGCAGCAACAGCAACAGCAACAAGAAAAAGGAGGAAGAAUCAGAAUUUGACAAGGCCAUGCGGAUUGGCAAAAAGUCUACUGCAGCUCUUGUCAAUGAUCGCAGCAGCAAACAACAACACGCUACUGCAGCAUCCUUUUCACUACCUCAUUCCAACAGUGGUUCUAAUAACUUAUCGUCUCGAUCCCGGAGCGAUUCUUCUGCUAGCCAAAACCAGGAAGCAGCCGUCCAACAACCUGAUUCGUCUUCAUCAGCGGCACUGACUGCAACCAAACAGCAGCAGCAGCAGCAGCAGCAACAACAACAACAACAACAGCAACAGCAGCAUCCCAUGACCACCGAAGAUCCUCUCACUUCAGGUAUCUUGCCCGAUGUCCUCAUGAGCAUGCGACAAAAGAUUGAAAGUAUGACUCUCUUUGAUUCGGACAUGCUGCAAUUCAGUGAUCACUAUGGAAUUGGAGAUGAUGCCAACGAUCCACUCCAAAUGGAAACUCGAGAAUCCCUCAAACGAUCCAGUCAACAGAGCAUCAGUGCUAGUGUCCUAGUCAGUUUGGCUCACAAACGCUACGAACGACGACGAUUGGCCGCCAUGGAAAUUGAAAAAGUGGUCCGGAGUCUCGUCCAACAAAAGGAAUUGGAACGGGUCCGGGCCAUUUUGCUACUCUUGAGCGACGACUAUGUUCGUAGUACGGCAGAAGAUGCGAGAAAGGGCGGUGUCGUGGCGUUGGCAGCCUCUGCGAUUGGUUUGAAAAAGGCACCCCAAAAUCAUCCCAUUGCACAAGAAUGUCGGGACCUCAUUCUGGCCAGUGUGGUCCAUGCCUGUCAAGAUCAUUCCCAACGAGUCCGCUAUUAUGCUACCGAAUCCUUGUUCAAUGUCGUCAAGGUGAUUCCACACUUGGCCGUGCAACACUUUUUCAUUCUUUUUGAAAUUCUACGAAGUUUGUAUGCCGAUGUCGAUGUGGAUGUGAAGUCAGGUGCCGAAUUGUUGGACAAGAAAUUAAAGGAAGUCAUUGUCAGUGCCAUGAAUUCGGGAUCCUUCACGGCGGAUGCGUGCGUCCCCGUCUUUGCCCGCUUUGUCUACAUGCGCAACAAGGCUACCAAACGACUGACACUCACCUGGCUCCAAGAAUUGGGUGAAAAAUUGAUUGGGGCGCCCAUUUUGGAAUAUCUGCACUUGUUUUUGGGGGGUAUCUUUGACAUGGUGGCGGACCCCACACUGGCGAUUCGUCAAUCGGCCUUGGCCUUUUUGCAAUCCGUUCUACCCAAAUUGUUGGUGGUCCAGCAGAAUCAGAUUCAAGACGAUGCCAUUGUGGAUAUGGAUGGGAUUCAAGUGGAUUUUGACAAGAUUUUGCAAUCCUUGGUGACCACCAUGGAACAUCCAGAUCCAUUGGUUCGAAAGGUCGCCAUGUACUGGAUCUCACGGAUUGUCAAGGCCCACAUUGGAAGUGAUGAUCAGGAAGAAGAAGAAGAAGAGCAAAAGAUUGUGCCGGUGGUGGAAGGAUCUGAAAAAGAAGCACCAGGAGCCACCAACAAGGCGUUGACAAAAGCUGCGGGGGACGAAAGCAAACCACUGAGUGCAGCUACCAUUUCGGUUCGAAAUGCAUUGCCCCAUGUCUUGCCAGGAAUCUUGUUGAGCAUCGGAGAUACCUUCCACAACAAAGCGACGGCCAAAGACUCGUUCUUACCAGAUCAGACGACGCACGCAUUGGCCGAGCAAACCAACUCUUGCCUUCAGUACGCUGUUAGGGAGCAUGGAAAGGCCUACUUUCAACAUUUGGAUAGCUUUAUUGUAGCAUUGCGAGAAGAGUUGGAUAGUCCAGGAGGACUCAAUGGACGGAAUGCCCCUGCUGUCGAACGAAAACCCUAUCGAAUGGAUGUCAAGCAGGACGGAACUGGGAUUGAAAGUCAAGGCUGGUUCCGAGCAUCGAAAGAUACCAAGGAUAAUGAUGUUGAUUCUAUGGUCAUGUCGCGAUUGUGUGCUUUGCAUUGGAUCAUUGUCUUAUAUGAGCAUGUUGUUCCAGAUGUCCUAAAAGCGGAUUAUGCACAAGAGUUCAUCCUUCCCAUCAUUCAUCAGUUGGUAGAUCAUCCACCAGAACGCAUCAUCUACAAGAGUUUAAUUGUGCUUGCAAAGAUCACUAUUCCAGUGGAGGGAGAAGAAGGAUUCUCCCGCAAUUUGUCGCCCGAUGUGCUGCCUGAGAAUGAAGAUUCCAUUACUGGUGGGCCUCCCGUUGCGGAAAACAGCGUUAGAUAUUCAUUGGGAUUGCUCGACCUUUCUAGACUGCAACUUCAAUCACGGGACAGAGAAGUCUUUCGUGGCCUGAUCGAACUGCAUGCUUACAAUACUCAUUUGAUCAUGGACUUUUCGCGAGUGGUUGCCUACAUGUGUCGAUUGCAGCCACCAGAGUUUGUCUUUGUCUCAUUCGUUGUCGAGCUCGAGCGAUUUACAAGCGUGCAAAUUGCGGCGCAGCGAAUCAACGGAGGAUCUUCGCAACAAGCUCCUCUUUCAAGGAGUCUGCAGUUUGUCAGUUCGUUCGUUGCUCAAAUGUGCCACGUACUUCUCAAUGCACAGGAGGCCAAAUCAUUGAGGGAUAGGCUCAAAGACUGCAUUUCGAAAGAGGAAAAAACAGAAGAAAGCAAGCGUCGAAGGAGGUUGUUCCACAUUCUGCUUCAUACCUUUUCCCACAAUCUGGUCGCGUCCACUUCAUUGUGUCUGUGGGGAGGAGCCUUCCGAACGGCAUCUCUCUUUGUCAAGCAGAUCAAUCCAAUCGACAUUCAUUUGAUGUUUUUACUAGAGGUGGACAAAUUGAUUGAAAUGCUCGAACGGCCGUUGUUUCGCCACUUGCACAUUCGGAUGCUGGAAGAAGACAAAAAUCCAAUGGCAGAGGGUAGCGGUACGAUGCUCUUCCAAACUUUGAGAUCGCUACUAAUGUGUAUUCCACAGAGUACUUGCUACACUGUCCUCCGAGAUCGACUGGUCAGCAUUUCUCGAUUCCGUCAAUCGGGAGUCAAUGCGCGAUCGGAGGACCACACGAUCCUACCCGACACGGAGAUAUUUGUCAAUCGAGUACUAGAAGUUCGAACUCUGCAUUGUGAUGCUUUGUGGGAGACCAUCAGAGCAGAAAGUAUUGAAGCGAUUGGUUUUAGCGAAUCCAAAUCGGAAACAGCACAAGAAACAAAGGAUCCCGGCACUGAUCGAAGAGAGUGGCUGGGAUACGCUUCGAAAGAGGAAGAACUUGAAACCCAAGCAAAAUUGCGAGACGAGAAGAUGAGGCGUCAUGAAGCUGGGCUGACCAUCGAGGAAGUGAGCAAUAGCUACAACGAUUUCAACUCGAUGGAGAAAGAUGGCGGUAUGAAGGAUCUAUUGCCGAAUGAUGACGAAGAUGAGUCAUGGAAGCAGCAAUGGGCGGGAAGUGAUGAAACUUAG